AUGACUACACCGGGCUCUGUGUUGCUGGAGCCGUCAAGGCUCGUCUCGGCCACCCGCGGCGCCGAGCGAGACGCUGACUCGGGCGUCUUCACCCUCACCAACGGCCCGUCCCCAGAUCAUCCUGCCGCGAGGGCGACCAUCGUCUUCGACUACGGGCGGUGCGUCGGCGGUAUCCCGACCUUCCUGGUUGACCGGGCCCAGGGAGGCGGGCCGAUCGAUAUCAAAGUCGUUUACAGCGAGACGGCGGACGGGAUCCAUAGCGAAACAGGCGACGGGCCGUUCUUCUUCUUUUCCAACGCCAUGGACUGUUACCGCUGCGUCUCCGUGACGAUCCCCCCGUCAGCAUCACCGCAUACCAUCCGGGCCGCCCUCGCCCAGCGGUCGCAGAGAUACGUCAAGCUGGUCUUGCUCUCGGCCGACUCCUCCGUCGUCAUCAGCAGAUUCGGCAUGGAACCCGUCCGUCAACCGCUAACGCCAACCGCCUCGUUCCACUGCUCCAACGAGGCCCUCAACCGCAUCUGGCGCGACGGCGUCAACACCCUCGACAUGUGCACAGUCGCCGAGGGCGAGACGGCGCCGUCGUGGGACGUUACUGACAAGGGGACGAGGGUCCUCGGCCAGCACUGGGCACCCUGCCGGCAGGGGACCCGAUGGGGCGACAAGGAGGUCGCCUUUGAAGUCCUCGUCGAGCGGCGCGGGGCCAGCUGGGGCGUCCACAUGGUCGCCAACGGCGUCAUCUUCUGUCUCGACGCGGAAGCCGAAGAGCUCCGCGCGUACGAGGGGCUGGCGCACACGUCGGCCGUCUUCCCGGUGAAGUCGCUCGGCAGCUGGUCGACCCACGGCAUCGUGAAGGAGGACGACGACGACUGGAUCCGCGUCUCCACGAUCACGAGCGGGAACAGGAUCACCGUCACGAUCAACGGCCGGGAGGUCGCGACGAUCGCCGAUGUCCAGGUCCGGCCUCUCCUCGGCGGCUCGGGCAUCAACACCGGCUCCGUUGCGUUCGGCGGCCCGGAGGGGUGGCUGUCUCUCUACCGCAACCUCGUCGUGAGAGACGCUGGCGGCGGUGUGUUGUACGAGAACGACCUGCUCUCGGGUAACCGAGACAGGACCCUGGCCGACUUCCAGGUCGGCACGAACGCGGUGGCCUGCAUGAUCGACGGCGCCAAAAGGGACCGGGCCACCUUCGGCGGCGACCUGUUCGUCUCCGGCCGCGGAGUCGCCUACUCCGGCCUGGACUUGGGCGCCGUGGCCGGCAGCAUCGAUCUCCUGGCGAGCCACCAGACCCGCGAGGGCUAUCUCGGCAACCUGUGUCCCAUCCAGGCGCCGCUUCACUCGGGAGACGGGGCACCGCCGCCCACGUACGCCUUCUACUCCAUGACGUACGCCCUGCUUCUCGUCGUCGCCAUCAAGGACUACUGGCUCCACUCCGGCGACGACGACGUGCUCCGCCGGCAUCUCUCCGCAGCCGAGAAGCUGCUCCGUUUCGCCGAGUCGCACGUCAAGCCUUCUGGGCUGAUCGAGGUGCCGCCAGACAUGUCGAUGCACUGGUUGCCCCUGGGCGGGCCCGUCUUUGGCGCGUCCGGCACAACGAACCUCGCCUACUACGACGCCCUGGCCGCCGUGAAGACAAUGUCGCCCGACGGCUAUUACAAGAUGCAGCUCUCCGCCAAGAUGGAGGCUCUGAAGAAGAGCAUCGUGGCCCAGCUGUGGAACCCGGACAAGGGCAGCAUCCGUAUGGGCACGGCUUUACCUCACGACGGAUUCUGUCAAGACACCAACGGAUACGCCGUCACCCUCAAGGCGGCGGAGAACCCCGACACAUGCCUCUCCCACCUGACGUGCACACCGGGUUCCAUGCCGCUUGCGUUCAAGGGCCUGCAACACUGGGACCGCGCCGGGGUCGUCAGCCCUUACGCCACGGGCUUCGCCGUCGAGGCCCUCUUCGCGCGCCACUGGGGCCGAGACGCCAUCCGGCUGAUCGAGAGCGUCUGGGGCCCGAUGGCCGACUCUUCGGGCCCGGACUACUCCGGCGGCCACUGGGAGGCGAUGACGGCCGAGGGCAAGCCGUUCGGGCACGACACCUCGCUGAUGCACGCGUGGUCCACGUGGCCGGUCUUCCUCCUGCCGCAGUACGUCGUCGGCGUCAGGCCGCUGGGACCGGGGUGGCGGAGGGUCCAGGUGGCUCCGGUGCUCUCCGGCAUCGAUUACGCUCGGUACCGCACGCAGACGCCGCAGGGCCGGCUCGAGGUCGAGGUGAGAUCGAACGAGGCAGCCGGGGUGAUGUUUGUCACGGUGACUGUGCCCGAGGGUGUGAGGGCAGAUCUCGUGACACCUCCAGGGUAUACGAACCGGGGUUCCGGUGUUGUUGAAGGCCCUUCCGAACAGUUUGUAGUGGAACUUUUUCGUCUCUGA